AUGAUGACAGCAAUGCAGACACUGGGCAGGCUAAGGACUUGUUGGCUGCCAACUCUACGAGCUUUUCCUCGUGUUGUUCAAGCUCGCACGGCAUUAUUUUCGAUGUCGCACUGGCGCCUUUACCCGUCCAACGAUGCAGGUGGAAAAUACAAUACAGGUCAACAUCGUACUGUUUACGAUGACUUUUUCAACAUCCUUCAAUCCUCCGACUCUUCAACGACGAUCUCGAUCAGCUCCACUUCUCCUACCUCCCUAACUCUCACUGAUGGUCUUGUGGUUUGCGAAGCGAUUGUCAUCUUGAACAAUCACGUGUUUUUAUUCGACCAUCCGCCACUUAAUCAAGAUUACGCAGUCCCAUCGGGAAUAGGCUGGGAAGAUUGGAUAGAUCAAUCUGUAGAGGCGGGGAGCAAGUUGAAAGUGACCAGGAAGGUGGGUGAUGUGUUCAAGGUGUUUGAGUUGGUGGAUGAAAGACCAGAGAUUAUUUUGUUCGGGACGGGAAAGAGAGUUUUACCUCCUCCUGGACCGGUAAGGGAGUGGAUUGCAGGCUUGGGUAUUCAGUUGGAUGUUCAGAGUACUCACGAUGCAGCUUCGACUUUCAACAUGCUUUCCGAAGAAGGUAGGAAAGUUGCAGCCAUCUUGAUCCCCGCCGAACCAACAGCGAAGAAGAGAUACACACCAGACGAGUUGGACAAGCUUCUUUCUGGUCAACAGUAA